AUGAAAACCCUGAAAUACCUCGUCCGAGAAAUCGGAAAGUUGUAUAAUGGGCUUGUUGAAUUGCUUCCUAAUGUAGUUGCACAUGGAGCUAAAUUUCAGCUCUCAAUGUGUCAAUAUCAUAAUUUCCUUCAAUCAUUUUCUCAGCGCGCAAGCAAAAUCCCACUAACAGAAGCUCACAUGAAAGCAUUCAUAACUAUUAAGAAAUUUUCACAGAAUUAUCAAGACAUCUUCACUCAAAAUUAUUCUGAUUGCUGGGCGCAGAAUUUUUUAGAAAAUCAAAUAGACUAUGUCCCUACACUCUUAUGCCAAUACGCGACAGCUUUACAAGAGGCUACGAUGGAUUUAGAUCCAAUUGGGGCUAGAGCAUUCAAUUCUGCUGCUCCUGAGUGGCUACAAUAUCAUAUCUUCGAUUUAAAAGCCAUUGAAGCCUCUCUGAAUCAAUAUUUGGCAAAUCCUGAUUCUGAUGAUCAAAUCACCGGAGUCGUUGAAAAACGAAUCAACCAAAUUCAUGAAUUUAUUCAAGCAUACGAAGGAAAGACGUUUGGAGAAAACGAUGUAGUUUUUUCUCCGAUUCCAAUAAUUUUCCAACAAUGGCGACUUCUUUACUCAGACUUAGAGAUCGAAAAAGAAAUAGGAAGCGGUGUAUCAUCAAAUGUAUACAUCGGCAUAUUAAAGAAAACAAAAGAAAAAGUCGCAAUCAAAGCUUUGAAAUUUGAACAACUCCAAGGUGCGAAAUUAAAUGCAUUUCAACGAGAAUUAUCUGUACUUGCUUCUGCUCAACAUGAAUGUCUACUUCGCUUCGUUGGAGCAACAGAUACUUAUCCUUUCUGCAUAGUUACGGAAUGGAUGCCAGGAGGCAGUUUAUACAACGACCUUAAUAAUACAGGAAACCUUUCCCCAACGGAGAGGUCAAUUGCAAUGUUCGAUAUUGCAAGAGGAAUGAGAUGUUUACAUAACAGACAUAUUAUUCACAGAGACUUGAAAACUCUCAAUGUUUUAAUUGAUGCAAACAAUAGAGCUAAAAUCAUUGAUUUUGGCUUAAGUCGCUACGCAAAUGAACAAUUUAUGUCAGAAAGUAUAGGUACACCACAUUGGAUGGCUCCAGAACUCCUUGGAUCGUCCAAGCAAUACGAUUUGAAGGUCGAUGUUUACGCUUAUGCCAUUGUUUGUUGGGAAAUUUUGAUGUGCGAAGUUCCUUACGAAGGAUUGCUUCCUCCUCAGAUUAUUGCACGCGUACUUAUUAAUGAUUUACGUCCGCCGCUCGAAGAUGACUGUCCGCCUGGAUUAAGAAGGUUAAUUACUUCAUGUUGGCAAAGGGACCCGAAUAUGCGACCAUCAUUCAACGAAAUAAUCACAAUGUUCGCUAAAUGUGAUAUUUACGUACCAGGAACAGAUAUGGAAGUCUUUGAAAACUACAUCAAAACUAAAAUUGCGGCAGAGACCGAAGAUAUCGACCAAAAGAUGAAAACAGCUGUUGAAAGUGGCCAAGCGCUUUCCAUUGUUAAGGUCAUUGAAGAGAACGGAAUUCCAGAAAACAGAGGAGAUUAUUUCUUAAGUUUAGUAUCCGAAAUCCGCGACUUUGACCUUAAAGUUCGAGGUUUGAAGCCAUUCUUCUUCACUCCCCUUGCUUCAAAAGCCACUUUUUUGGUCAAGCAAAUUGGAUAUGACAGAUUAAGUCCAUCUUCCAUGGAUUUAUUGAUCAAUACCUUCCCAACAGGCAAUGAUGAUGUCGAUACUACCAUAUUCGUCAUUGCCUGCAAAGCAAAACGCGAGACAUCAGUAAUUCUCAGAUCCGUCAACGCCAGAAACGUUCAGCUUGCAUUCGAGCUCAUUUCCAGAGGUGGUGCCGAAAGUGGCGAAACUUUCAAAGCCGUAGUCGAUGUCGCGGUUCACGCCGCUAACGAUCACAGAGUUGACUCGAUGUUGGCGGCUUCAGCUGUCAGAUGUUUGGCCAAACUGGGUGCUCUUGAUAAACUGGGAGUUUCCUAUUUGAUGAACAACAUCACAUCGACGGAUCCAACCUUCAUGGCUGUCUGUACUUCAGCUUUGGCACAAAUGGUCGAGAAAGGAGCGAGAUUAGAUAAUGAUCAGAUCAAAAGAGUUUACGAUUCGAUCAAUGAUAACUCGCUAGCAGUUCUUGUGUUGAGUAUUGCUUGUAAUGACCAUGAUAAUGCUGAAACUAUUGUUAGACUUGAUUUGGCAAAGAAAUUAAACCAAGAUUUGGUUGCAACAAUUUACUUGAGGGCUUGCCAACAUAAGGAUAUUGCAGUUUCAUUGAAACAGCAAUUGGAAAGACUUUUGCCAACAAUUCAAGAUAUUAAUAUUGUUAAUUUAGUAAGAUCAACAUUGGAUGCUAUGUAA